UUUCUCUCGCUUUUUUUUUUUUUUUUGUUGAACGGCGUUCAAUCUACAAUCUCAUCUCACCUCAUUCUAUCCGACGACGAAUACGAACCAACCACAUAGACACUAUUUCCCUUUCUCCAUUUUGUCAUAUACGAGCAACCACCGCCACGGCUUUAUUAAACUCCUCUUUUCCUCGACUCGUAUGAGAUUAUAGGCUAGAACUGCCCUGGUUCGUCCAUUCGUUUCCGGUUCCAGGGCAGUCUUAUGUAAAUCGAUCUGCCUCACUUAUACACCACCACACAUAUACCCAGCAUGAUCGUCCACUCAGGAGCGAGCCUUCAUGGCCACGAAUUUUCCACUCCGCAAACAGACCAACCUCCAGCGAGACGCUUUGCCUUUCUCUCUGCUUUGCGACCAAUGUCUGACGUCGAACCGAUAUCUCGCCACACAACGCCUGCUCCUGACGCCGCAGACAGUCUCCCAGCUCGUCCCGUUUCCGUCGAGCCUACCCACAACCCUCGUUCUGCUCUUGCAGCUCGACGCCGGACCACGUCUGACAUUGGGCACACUGUCAGAUUCCGCGAGCCGGACUCCGAAGUUGUUGUUCACUCCAACGCUCCUAGCGAGGAUGAAGAGUCGCUCGUUGGUUCCGAGGUGAGCGACCAGACGGAUGCUUCCAUCCGCCUGAGGAAACGGAAGCGCGGACCACGGAAAUCGGCAAAGUAUGCUCUGGCGUUCCCGGCACCUCAGCUGCGUACCAAGCAGCGGGCCUUUUUUCACAUUCGGCCUCGUGUAUUGCUGCAGCUUCAGGAGCUGGGAGAGAAACGUGCCAUCCCAGCGUUUGAUGUUUUGCCGUCGAGUCUUAUUGCGGGAACACUGAUUAUCCCUGCUUUGGCCAAAUUAUACCCGCGCAUGUUCUAUGCGAAGCCUCAUCUCGGACAAAACGAUCUCCUCCUGGUCCGGAGCGAGGACUAUGGCGCUCCACACAGCCAUCAUCAUCCCAAUCUUCACCACCACCAUCACGAUAACAUGGAUAACAACAACAGCAAGAACCUUGACCACCAGGAUGUUCUCGCCGUCGUGAGCACAACUUCGGAAGAUGACUAUGUUGAAAUCGUGUUCCAGGACGGAUCGACUUGGACCUCUAGCCGCAUGGCUAAUGGAUCUUACGAAUUUAAUCACGUCAACGAACAGAGAGAAAAUGUCAAGGCUCGGUGGGUCAAGAGAUCCUUGAUGUCACCCAGAGCGAGUUGGGGAUCUGCCAAUACUGCCACCACGGCGCCCUCAUCACCAACCACCCCUACGGCCCCGGACAGUAGAUGGACCUUUAGCAUCAUAGACCCUUCGACUCGCAGGCAUCCUAUCCAGGGUAUUCUCAACUCUACAUCUUUGGAAGUUUUUGAUACAUACAACACCAUGUCAACAUCAAGCGGCAUUUAUCCCCCCACACGAGGCUUUGGAUCCGACAUGAGCGGUAUCUCAGAAGAAGACACAACGAGUAUUACGGAUGAGCGCACGACACUAGAGGUCACAGAGUACACCAAGACUCUGAUGCUAGCCACAGCAACUUGGGUCAGUCUCCGACAAAGAGGCUGGCCUGCGUCGGCAACACCAAAAAUUCCACGAGUUGUAUCUCAGCGCGUAAGCUCAGGGCGCUGUCUAUCCCCCUCUAUCGACAUUCCAAGGGGCAUAGAUUCGCAGGUUUCGCCGGCCACUCCGGGCGUGCCGUCUCAGGAUGCCUCCGCUGCCGGUCAAACACCCGCUACUGGUAGGAUUCAGCGGGCGGUGUCUUCAGGGAGCGAAUUCAUGAGAAGGAGACGCGAGGCGGUUGCUGCAUCGGCGGCAACCACUUUUGCAGAGAGAGAAGCUGUGGAGAAGCUUGGAGACCUCGAGGUUUCGGAAGAGGAAACGCCAACUUGCCGCGUUCGAAUACGGCGGUUCACGCACAAGUUAUUCCACCACUCGAGGAGUCAGAGGGUCUCAUAGCGCAUAUACAUGUGAAUAUGUGUAUAGGUGUAUAGGCAUAUUUCGAUGGACAUUUUUUGGCGGCGCUUUGCCAUUUAUACGGCACACGGUUAUGGGCCUGCAUCUAUCCAAUUCGGUCUUUGGGUAUCGGAGUUUUCCCUUUUUUUAUGUGUGUGUUCUUUUGUACAUAUUAUGAUUGAAAGACGAUGUAAAUAAGCAACAAUGGAUAAACCACUUAUAUCAUGAAACAAAUAUUUGGCUAUAUGUACAUGCGUCCAGUUUGAACGGUUGGUAUAUACAAUGGAUGACGAGCUGCCAGCUGCCAGCACUUGUGGCGUUGUCAACGUAUAAUGAGCGAGACACGGCAUGUUCUACGGUGCCGUCUGUAUGAAGCUCAGUUGAGGCUCAGUUGUAGGUUGGAUUGACACCUCAUCGUUGUAGCCUUG